AUGAGUGGUCGGUUCCCACUGUCGGACACCACCGAUGAGUUCGCGAAGAAUCUGUUCGAUGGCAUCGAUAUGGUUACCGAUGAUGACAGUCGAUGGCCAAAGGGCUUAUAUGACAUGUCGGACCGAAUGGGACGUAUUGUCACUUAUGACAGAUUUGACGCUCAAUUUUUCGGUAUGACUGAGAGUAUGGCCCAGAGGUAUGGCCCACAACUCCAUAUGCUUUUGGAGUCCACUUAUGAGACCAUUGUGGACGCCGGUAUAAGUCCACAGAAUCUGCGAGGGAGUAGGACGGGCGUGUAUUGUGGUAUUAUAAACUAUGCCAAAUGCGAUGGCUAUUCCGAGUACCCACAGCCGGACCAUACGACCCAAAUGAACACUUUGAUGAUGGAGUCCAUCAACAGCUCCAAGAGUUUCUUCGCCGCCCGAACGGCCUUUAUCUUUGACUUGAAGGGCCCGGCGAUCGUUGUGGACACCGCCUGUUCAUCGAGUUUGAGUGCAUUGGCUUUGGCUGUCAAUGAUCUGAAAUUAGGAUAUACGGACUACGCGAUAGUGUGCGGCACACACAUGACCUUUGAGCCGACCAUAUAUCAGAUUCAACAGGAGUUAGGCUUUUGUUCGCCGAGAGGUAUACCCGCCGUAUUGGACGAGUCGGCCGACGGUUUCGUGAAGGGAGAGGCCGUGUGUUGUGUUUUCCUACAGCGCCGUAAGGGUGCCCAUAGGGUCUACGCUAAGGUACUGUCGGCCCGGAUCAGUACGGAUGGCAACAAAAAGUUAGGAUUAUUUCAUCCGUUAAGCAAAACACAGGAGGAGUUGAUGACCGCAUCGUAUAAGGAGGCAAAUAUAGACCCCCUUAAACUCACCUACUUUGAGACACAUGGCACAGGAACCAAGGCAGGAGAUCCUCAGGAAAUGAGUGCCAUAUAUAACGCAUAUUGCAAAGCACCGGGACGUAGUGAGGUCUUACCAAUCGGUGCACUUAAGAGCAAUAUCGGACACACGGAGCCGAGUUCAGGUGUGGCCGCUAUUAUCAAAGUGUUGAUCGCAUAUGAAAAUGAAUGCAUUCCUCCUAACCUCCACUGUAAACAACUUAAACAAGAAUUGCGUCAAUACUUCCCACCACUACUGGCCAUCAAUGAAAAGUACCCUUAUAAACCUGGAAUGGCAGGUAUUAACAACUUUGGUUUGGGUGGUGUGAACGCUCACGUAUUGAUUGAACCCAACUAUAAGUUGGAAACCAAUGAUAGCCUAAGAAUCGCUGAAAUGAUUCCCAGAAUUGUGAACAUUUGCGGCAGAAAUGAGGAAUCAGUGAAACAUAUCAUGAAUUUCAUUGAAAACAAUCCCAAGAAAGUCACAAAUGAUUUUUUGGCACUUUUGGGUCAUACCAUGAAAUACACACCAAAUCUGAAUUCAGCCGGAAUGAUAUACAGAGGUUCAAUGAUAAUAAAGAAAGUGUCGGAAAAUAAUAAUGAAAUUCAAUACGAGUAUAAGAAACAGAUAGGAGUUUUGAAAGACAAGAAAGUGAGACCGCUUUGGCUACUGUUCCCCGGUUUGGGCGGUCAGUGGCCAGCGAUGGCUAAGGCUUUGAUGCCAAUCAAAACAUUCGCCGAUAAAGUGGAGGAAUGCCAUCAAAUACUCCAAGAAUUUGGAAUCGAUUUAAAGGAUCUGUUGUUAAGUGAAGACAAGACACUGAUAUAG